AGUGCGCGCGCACAGGCAACUGCGAAGCGAGCGCGCGCCUGAUCGUUGCGGUCAAGAGCACGAGCCGAACCGAGACAUGAGAUUCGACCCGAGCGGAGCAGAUUGAGCAGAUUACAACCGCUGCAACGCGAGGAGACGUAGAUCCAAUUCUUCAGACUGAAGGUUCACAGCUCCAUGCCUCCAUGAAUGACCUCUGACACACGAAGGCCCCUCCCCUUCACUCCCAAAUAUCAGAUCCCAGCCAAUCACCCGCUUUGCUGUCUUCCACGGCCCAAUCGCUGUCCGCCACGAUGGAUUGCCACUACAACGAGAAUAUAUCUUUCUUCUACAAUCUCAGCAAGAAGAACAUCAGUGACACGUGGCGGACGAAAGACGUUGUGGUGGUUUCCCUGGGACUGCUCGUUUGUUUUUUUGUGAUCUUCGCCAACAUCCUGGUCAUGAUGGCCAUCUUCAUGAACCGCAGGUUUCAUUACCCCAUAUACUACCUGCUGGGAAACCUGGCAGCCGCGGAUCUGUUCUCCGGCAUCUCCUACUUGUACCUGAUGUUCCACACUGGUCCCUGGACCAUCAAGCUGUCCAUAUAUCAGUGGUUUGUCCGACAGGGUUUGAUCGACACCAGUCUGACAGCGUCAGUGAUUAAUCUGAUGGCCAUCGCUCUGGAGCGACACCAGACCAUCUUCACCAUGCAGCUGCACAGUAAAAUGACCAACCACAGGGUCGUGCUGCUCAUCAUCGGCAUCUGGCUCAUCGCCAUAGUGAUGGGUUUGGUGCCGACUAUGGGAUGGCACUGCGUGUGCAACAUUCGGAAGUGCUCCAACAUGGCGCCGCUCUACAGCCGCAGUUACCUGGUGUUCUGGGCUGUGUUGAACCUGCUGACCUUCACGGUCAUGGUGGCCGUCUACACACGCAUCUUCAUCUACGUCCGGCGCAAGAACCACCGGAUGAGCCAGCACACCUCUCAGGUCAAACACAAGGAGACUGUGUUCAACCUCAUGAAGACUGUCGUCAUGAUAUUGGGUUGUUUCGUGGUGUGUUGGACGCCGGGUCUGGUUCUGCUUCUGCUGGACGGUCUCUGUGAAUCCUGCGAUGUCCUGACGUACGAGAAGUUCUUCCUGGUGCUGGCCGAGUGCAACUCCUUCAUGAACCCCAUCAUCUACUCCUACCGCGACAAGGACAUGCGUGACACCUUCAAACGCAUCCUCUGUUACCCGUGCCGGAGGUCCCAGCAGACGGGCGAACACUCGGGCGUCCGCUUCAACACCCUCGAGCAAGAGCGGAGACGGCGUGUGCUGCAGGAGUCGUGGGUCGCUCGCAGGGCUCGUGAUGGAGGAGACGAACAGGCUAACGGAGGACAGGUGGUGCUGAAGGAAGGAGAGAAGAUGCUGGACUCCUCUGAGAGCUGAGGAACGAGAAGAACCGAUCCGUCCUGCUGAAUGAGCUGCCGAUCAGAUGAAGAGACUGUGUGUGUUUGAGAACAAACUGUGAAUGAAUGAGUGUAAAUAUAGUUUUUAUUUAAUUAAAGUCUUACUGGUGGAGUUUA